GGGGAGGCGAGGGGCAGACGGGACCCGCCGGCAGAGCACGGCGGCUGUUAGUCUCCAGUGUCCCGCGCGCUCGCUCUGUGUCGGGGUGACCGCGGGGCGGGGCGAGGGCGGUGUCCGCAGGUAGCCCCCGGGGGCAAGAGGCCGGCCUGGGACCCCCAGCCCAAAAAGCCUAGGGGGAGGAGCGGCGCGGUGGUGCGCCAGGGCGGCCAAGUUUGGCUCCCGGCGCGCGCGCGCGGCUUCGCGUCCUGCGUCUGGGGAGGAAGAGGGGGACUGUCCCCUCCCGCGCUGGACCCCGGCCCUUGGAGUCGACAAAGACGAAGUCACCCCCUCUCGUGGAUCCCGUGCGCCCGGCUCACCAGAGCCCCGCACGAGCUGCACCAUGCUGGAGGGAGACAUCGGUCUCGAGGGGUUGUCCCCCAAGGAAGACCCCGCGGCCCAGGCCGCCGGGGCCGUGGAUGGGGAGGGCGCGCCGCCCGGCGGUCCCGGCGCACAGGCGGCCACGAUGAGGGUCAACGAGAAGUACUCGACGCUCCCGGCCGAGGACCGCAGCGUCCACAUCAUCAACGUCUGCGCCAUCGAGGACAUCUGCUACCUGCCGUCCGAGGGCACGCUGCUGAACUCCUUGUCCGUGGACCCUGACGCCGAGUGCAAGUAUGGCCUGUACUUCAGGGACGGGAAGCGCAAGGUGGACUAUGUCCUGGUAUACCAUCACAAGAGGCCCUCGGGCAACAGGACUCUGGCCAGGAGGGUCCUACACAACGACAGUGCGCUGGCCGCCCGCAGCAUCAAGCAGGACCAGCCGCUGCCCGGCAAGGGGGCCCCGGUGGGAGCGGGCGAGCCGCAGCCCCCAGCAGACUUCCACGAGGACGACAAGCGGUUCCGCAGGGAGGAGUACGAGGGGAACCUCCGGGAGGCCGGCCUGGAGCUGGAGCACGACGAGGACACUAAGAUCCACGGGGUUGGGUUUGUCAAGAUCCACGCGCCCUGGAACGUGCUGUGCAGAGAGGCUGAGUUUUUGAAACUAAAGAUGCCGACCAAGAAGCUGUAUCACAUUAACGAGACCCGUGGCCUCCUGAAAAAGAUCAACUCCGUGCUCCAGAAAAUCACGGACCCCAUCCAGCCCAAGGUGGCGGAGCACAGACCCCAGACCAUGAAGAGGCUGUCCUACCCCUUCUCCAGGGAGAAGCAGCACCUAUUUGACCUGUCUGACAAGGAUUCCUUUUUCGACAGCAAAACCCGGAGCACAAUAGUCUAUGAAAUUCUGAAAAGAACAACGUGUACCAAAGCCAAGUACAGCAUGGGGCAAGGAGAGGGAAGAAAGAAGGACUCUGCCCUUUUAAAUAAAAGGCGAAAAUGUGGUAAAUAUGGUAUCACGAGCCUGCUGGCCAAUGGCGUUUACUCGGCGGCCUACCCCCUACACGACGGCGACUAUGAAGGUGAGGACGUGGACUUCAAUGACAGAAAGCUCCUGUACGAAGAGUGGGCGAGUUACGGGGUCUUUUAUAAGUACCAGCCCAUAGACCUGGUCAGGAAGUAUUUCGGGGAGAAGAUCGGCCUGUACUUUGCCUGGCUGGGCGUGUAUACCCAGAUGCUUAUCCCGGCCUCCGUGGUCGGGGUCAUCGUUUUCCUCUACGGAUGCGCCACUGUCAAUGAAAACAUCCCCAGCAUGGAGAUGUGUGACCAGAGACACAACAUUACCAUGUGUCCGCUGUGUGACAAGACCUGCAGCUACUGGAAGAUGAGCUCGGCGUGUGCCACGGCCCGGGCCAGCCACCUGUUCGACAACCCCGCCACUGUCUUUUUCUCUGUCUUCAUGGCCCUCUGGGCUGCCACCUUCAUGGAGCACUGGAAGCGGAAACAGAUGCGGCUCAAUUACCGCUGGGACCUCACCGGCUUCGAGGAGGAGGAAGAGGCCGUCAAGGACCAUCCCAGAGCUGAAUACGAAGCCAGAGUUUUGGAGAAGUCCCUUAGGAAAGAAUCCAAGAACAAAGAGAAGCACCGGAAUAUUCCAGAGGAGUCAACAAACAAAUGGAAGCAGAGGGUUAAGACAGCCAUGGCGGGGGUGAAAUUGACGGACAAGGUGAAGCUGACCUGGAGAGACCGGUUCCCAGCCUACUUGACCAACUUGGUCUCCAUUGUCUUCAUGGUUGCGGUGACCUUCGCCAUUGUCCUCGGCGUCAUCAUCUACAGAAUCUCCACGGCCGCCGCCUUAGCCAUGAACUCCUCCCCCUCCGUGCGGUCCAAUAUCCGGGUCACGGUCACGGCCACUGCGGUCAUCAUCAACCUGGUGGUCAUCAUCCUCCUCGACGAGGUGUAUGGCUGCAUAGCCAGGUGGCUCACCAAGAUUGAGGUGCCCAAGACCGAGAAGAGCUUUGAGGAGAGGCUCAUCUUCAAGGCUUUCCUGCUGAAGUUCGUCAACUCCUACACCCCCAUCUUUUACGUGGCUUUCUUCAAAGGCCGGUUCGUCGGACGCCCGGGCGACUACGUGUACAUUUUCCGUUCGUUCCGCAUGGAGGAGUGCGCCCCCGGGGGCUGCCUGAUGGAGCUGUGCAUCCAGCUCAGUAUCAUCAUGCUGGGCAAGCAGCUCAUCCAGAACAACCUGUUCGAGAUUGGCAUCCCGAAGAUGAAGAAGUUCAUUCGCUACCUGAGGCUGAAGCGCCAGAGCCUCUCUGACCACGAUGAAUUCGUGAAGAGGAAACAGCGGUACGAGGCAGACUUCACGCUGGAGCCGUUCGCGGGCCUCACGCCCGAGUACAUGGAGAUGAUCAUCCAGUUUGGCUUUGUCACCUUGUUCGUCGCGUCCUUCCCCCUGGCCCCGCUGUUUGCACUGCUGAAUAAUAUCAUUGAGAUCCGCCUGGAUGCCAAAAAGUUCGUCACUGAGCUGCGAAGGCCGGUGGCUGUCAGAGCCAAAGACAUUGGAAUCUGGUACAAUAUUCUCAGAGGCGUCGGGAAGCUUGCCGUCAUUAUCAACGCGUUCGUGAUCUCCUUCACGUCUGACUUCAUCCCGCGGCUGGUGUACCUGUACAUGUACAGCAAGGAUGGGACCAUGCACGGCUUUGUCAACCACACCCUGUCAUCCUUUGACGUCAGCGACUUCCAGAAUGGCACCGCCCCCAAUGACCCCCUGGACCUGGGCUACAAAGUGCACAUCUGCAGGUACAAAGAUUACCGGGAGCCGCCGUGGUCAGAGCACAAGUAUGACAUCUCCAAGGACUUCUGGGCCGUCCUGGCAGCACGGCUGGCCUUCGUCAUCGUCUUCCAGAACCUGGUCAUGUUCAUGAGCGACUUUGUGGACUGGAUCAUCCCGGACAUACCCAAGGACAUCAGCCAGCAGAUCAUCAAGGAGAAGGUGCUCAUGGUGGAGCUCUUCAUGAGGGAGGAGCAGGGCAAGCGGCGGCUGCUGGACACGUGGAUGGAGAAGGACCGGAAGGACGACGGGCCGUACAACAGCCACAGCCCGCGGGCCGGCCUGGACAGCCCCGAGCACCACGGCGGCGGCGCCCUGUAGAGCCGCGGGCGCCCGGCGCCACCACCGGCCGACGGGCACCCUCUCCCGGGCGGGCGGCUUCUCGCCCCCACAGGCCCAGUGGCUCCUGUGUUUGUCGCAAACCUGGACGGCCACCUUCUAAUAGGACAUGUUUUGGUCUAUUUUUCUGGUUUCCUUUUCUUCCUUGUUUUUGCACAAAACCGUUAUGCAGGGAAUUUUUUAAUCUUCAACAUUCAAGGUUAAUCAGAUGAUUGCUGAGGAUAGGGUGGUGACCCACGGAGGACGCCGCCGGCGCUUCGCAGAAGCAGUUCUUGGAAACCUGGGCUGUCGUCUGCAGUGGAAGGUGAGCAGAGGCGUCCGGAAGUCACCUCCUUUUAUCCUCCUGGUGCCCAGAGAAAGAUGCGGAGGGCGGCCCAAGGCACCGGGCCAGUGCCGGUGCUGAAGGGAGAACAAAGACGCGGAGGAGGAAUAAACGAUGCUGAGCCGGGAUCCAAGGGGCGCCACCUGCCACUGGGUCCGCGACGGGAGCCAGCCGACUUUGCAUCCUCUUCCUUCUGUAGGUUCAGAAUCGGACACUCUGGCCAAAAAGAGAGGUGGCCUGGCCCGUCCACCAGAGGGCGCGCGCGCGUCAGGUUUACUCCUGGAGAACUAGCGGGGUGCAGGUGACCCCGAGUAAGCAGGUGACCAACACCUUUGGGGUCUCCACCGUCAGCCACACGCCUCCCCCCAGUGCAGUGAGCCGACCUCACAAAUGUUCGUCCUCCUUGUGGGACAAAGCCAGGUCGACGGGUAGUGAGAGAGAGAUGACCUCGGAGGCGUUUCUAAAGACGGCUAGGGGUUUCACGAAAUCUUAAAGCCUCCCGGGAACAUCCGCAGCUUUAAGAUAUUUAUUGAGUGUUUUUUUUUUUCUUUUUUUUCCCAAAUCGAUUCUACGGUGGAUGUGAGGGUGUUUUUUGUUUUUUUUUUCCUGUAGCUCAAAGGUGGAAGGAACUUAUUUUAUUAGUUAACCAAAUAUCAUUGAGAGGAAUUUAAAAUACUGUUACUACCAAAGAUUUUUAUUAAUAAAGCUUUCUAUUUUGGUAACACUUCUCUAUAUUUUUACUUACAGGAACAUUACUGUUGGACAAUUAUGAUUUUAAAAGCUUGUUAAAAAAAAAAAAAAACAGGUCUCAUAGGUGAUAUGGGUGAUCUAAGCUUGCAUUGAUCAGUCUAGCCUGAACUUCUCAUCUGAAAUUUCUCAAGCGCCCAGAGAAACAUGAAAAGAAAUGUUUCACCAAAGGGAGGGAAGGAAACAAACGCAUUUUGUUGAACACGUGGUUGGUGUGACGUUGACAUUCCCCAAAGCGUCCAGUUUGGAUCAGAGUCUGUAAGCGUUGUAGACGUUCAUUAUUUGCUAAAAUCAUGCAAUCUGAUGCUUCUGUUUUCUCUUGUACAGUAAGUCGUUUGAAAUGGGAAUUUUGUAUAUAAAUAUUAUAUUAAAAACUAGGUGAUUACCAAAAAUCCUUUUACGG